AUGACCAACCAGAUUCCUGCACUCUCCGAGUCUCGCGUCGGCACGUUGUCCAUUUGGGAUGCAGCCCAUGUGUUCGAAUACGCCACCUCCAGAUUCACUGCGAUCCAUAUUGCCCAGAUGACAAAGCAGAACCCAUCAAGCGCUUACCGGCAUUCAUUUAUUCAACACCUGAUUUGGGAAGUGGAUCGGUUUGUGACGCCGUUUGUCGGCAUGUGCGCAGCUAUGAAUAUCAAUACAAGUAUGCCGACAUAUCUCAGAAAUGUUCUCUGGCUUGCUGCUACCUACCAAACAGAAGGUGAUCGCGUCAAUCUCUUUGAGAACUUCCGGAACUGUCCACAUGAUGAUGCUGGCGAUGCAAUAUCUGGCCAUCGCGUUGUUCCAAGAUACCGGCACUGUUGGUGGACGGCCGCAUUCCAUUAUUUGCCUAUGCAAAUGCCUCUGCGGUUCUCGGUAGCCGAGGUGAAGGACCUAACGGCUGAGCACUUCAAACAGCGGCCUGCCUUGGGGUUGAUGAUGCCUGAACCGAUCAUCCACCCACGCAGUGAGGACCUGCUGCUUCAACAACUUCAAGUGCUCCGGACUGAAGUCGCCCGACUCGGUCUCGACCUUGGCCACCUCCUUGUCAGUAAGCUUGAGGCCACCGGAGCAGCUGUGGAUGCAAUGAAUCGGCUGGAGCAGCCGGUAGACGAGGUCCGUGACGCAAUGGCAGCGUCCCAUGCAGCCGUGGCCUUAUUGGAGCAGGAUUACAACAAUGGUCGGAUAGGAACAUCCCCUCGUGGAGAUCCAUUCCCUGAGUUACAUCCCUUUCCUAUCUCCGGCAUCUAUGAAAAUGUUACAACGGGAUGA